AUGGUCUUGAAUCCUGACUUAUGCGCCUUGUGGUUGACUGUGCUCUGCGUGCAGGGUGUUUUCCAGAGCAGCUUCGCGGUCAGGCCCCUGUCUGUGGCAGCUGGGGCAUCCAGCGCUGCAGAGGGAGCUGGCAACCAGAGCAGCGGCACAGGGAAGGAUGGCAAGAGCGCCCUGGCAGCACAGGAACAAUCUGAUGAUGCCAUCACGGAUCAGAUCCCUCAGCGGCCGAUGGGAGUCGUGGAAGGGACCUCCUACACAGUUGUCAUCAUUGCAGCCAUAGCCAUGGCAGGCGCGGUGAUGUGGGCGGUGGUGAACGAGCUGCUGAUUCAGCCACGCGAGUACACGGCGUUCAACCUGACGCUGGACCGGCUGCGCGAGGACCCGCGCAUCAUGGUCACGCUCGGCACGCCCGUAUCCGGCUACGGGCAGGAGUCCCACAACCGCGCCGCGCGCCAACGCAUCCCCAACCGCGUCUACAACGACGACAAGGGCCGCGAGCACGUGCAGUUCAUAGCGCGGGGCCCGAGCGGCAAGGGGCGUGUGAGCGCAGACAUGUACCAGGACGACGCCAAGCAGUGGCAGUACUACUACCUGCUUGUUGACCUGGACGCCGGCCGCGGCCGCAUCAGCAUUGUGGACCCCCACCAUCACUAG